AUGAAACCUGAAUUGCCUCCAAGAACUACGGCUCCUGAUCUAGAGCCGUUUAAACAAUUACCAAAGGCUCCAAUGUCACUUCUGGAAAUAUUGGUACAAAGACAAUUGGAAGCCUAUGCCCACAGUAACAUGAAUGAGAUCAGUGAUUUAUUCGCUGUAAACAUCAGUGACAGUGUCAUCAAACAAAGGGUAGAUAAGAUCAUUGAUUCGAUGGACCCCAUGGAUAAUGACGCAUAUAAGGGGUACUGGAAGCGUUAUAUCACCGAGGAAGAACAGCCAGAGGAUUUAGACAGCCAGUUAAUUAAAGGGAUCCCCAGUGAUUUCCGUGGAUUAGCCUAUCUUAAAGGGUUACAAGUGCGGUAUCAAUUAAGUAAAGAGAAGUACAUAAACUUGCUCCACAAAGCUGAAAAGACAGAUUUGAAGGCUUUGGAUGGCUUGAAAAUAGAAGGAACGGCAUUGAAUGCUUUCAAAGUGUAUAAUUAUUAUCAAGAAGUGGUAUUAGAGGGCCAGAACUCUUUAGAUAUCAUCAAUAGUGGUGAGGUAUUGGAUUUUUACCAAUCUAAUGAGUAUAAUAUCGAAUUUUUAAACCGUUUGACAGAGUUGUUUCCCGAAAUCCCUCAUUUGGCUGAAGAGGAAUUUCUUUACCUUCUAUUGAAAUUCAAUAAGAUUUUAGUCAAUUUGAACAAGGACCAAUUGUAUUAUGAAAUCAUGAGAUCCUUAGAGGAUUUGGCAGGUCCCACCUUUAUUCAUGUGAGUAAGCUGGGAAUCAAUAUCAAAGAAUUUCUUCAGAAAUCCAUAUUCAGACAAUUCUUACAGGGGACCGACCACAGAACACUUUUGAAAAUUCUUGAUUUUGUGGUCUUUCAUGGGUUUGUGGUUUUUGCCAGAAUAUUUGUUUACAUUUUUAAUGAGUCUAACAUUUUACAAUUUCAAGGAGAAGAUUUGGCAAAUUACUUGAAUAGUCCCCAAUUGGUUGAAUGCUUGACUGAAGAUAUAAUCCCAGAUAUCUUGGAUAUCGAACCUGAAAUAAUAAAGUACGAAAACGAGUAUUAUAUUAUUCAUGUGAACUCGGUAAACUCCAACAAUAAUGAAUUAUUGAACGCCCAGGAGGUGAAUAAAGAUCUCAACAGAAAGAUUCAACUUUUGAAAGUGGAGAUUGAAAAUAUUAGAACCACUCAUACCGAUAUACUAUCGCAAAGUAAAGAAUAUGAAGAUAAAGUUACCGAAGCACAAAAGGAAAAUGAUGAAUUGACACAAACGCAUAAGACUUUACAACAGAAAUUCGAUACAUUGACCAUGAAGCAGAAUCUUGACAACACCAUCAAGGCCAAUAAAGAAUUUUCCGAAAGAAAUGAAGAAUUGGUGAAUCAAAUAGAAUCGAUGAAGAAGACUAUCCAAAGUAAAGCGGAGAAACUAGCUAAAUAUACAUAA